AUCUACACAGAAGAAGAAGUUAUAGAUCUCAGCUCUUGACUUUCGAAGGACUAGCAGCGAACGUGUCCGUGGGCUACGUUUUGUUCUCAUAAUUAAUUGUACUUAGUAAAGCUCAAAGAUGUCUACUCCAGCGACCUCUGACGACAUGUCCACAUCCAGAACCCUGCAAGCAGGUGAAAUUAUUAAACCGUAUGUGACAAACGAACAGGCAAUCGAGUUGGUGCAUCGUCUUUACGGGCUGACAGUCACGUCAAUCCAGGAGAUGGUUAGCUAUGAUGAUCGAAAUUUUCACGUACAGGUGGAAAAUUCUCAUACUAAUCCUAACAUCAGCUCCCUCUGGCCACAUGGAUACACCUUAAAAGUUUUGAAUCGAAUAGAAUCGAAAAUGAAUAAAUUUGUUGAAGAACAAAAUUCACUCCAGCAGUAUCUGGCAAACAAAGGCUUGGCAGUUCCUGUUCCCAUCCCGAAUGUUUAUGGCUCUAUGUGGUCAACAGAAGAGCUACCUGUUGGUUGUGAACCAAACAAACAUGGAACCCAAUUGGAUGAAUUUGCAGUCCGGCUGUUUACCUUUUUACCUGGCACACCAAUGAUCAACGUACCUUAUACUGAAGACGUACUUUUCCAGUUUGGUCAGUUUUUGGGUCGCUUUCAUUCGUGUAUUCAGGGUUUUCACAGCAAGGUUUUAGAAUCCCGAAUCUCUAUCUGGAGCUUGAACAAGGUCCCUUCUAUCGAAGAAUUUAUGUUUGCUACAGAAGAAAAAGAAAAACGAGAACUUGUUAUGGAUAUUAUCGAAGCGUUUAAAAACAGAGUUUUAUCGACAGUGGACACCCUUCCCCAAGCAAUUAUUCACGGUGACUUUAACGAAAACAACGUGUUGGUACUUGUUGAUGCCGAGAGUAAAAUACCGCAAUACAAAGUUUAUGGUCUUUUGGACUUCGGGGAUAUUCAUAAGGCACCACUGAUGUUUGAUGUAGCAAUGAUGAUGGCAUACGCCAUGAUUGAAUGUACAACCAUGGACCCUUUAAUGGCUGCUGGUCACGCACUCGCUGGUUACCUGUCUGAAAAGACUCUUACCGAGGAAGAAUCGUCACUUUUGCUGGUCUGCAUGGCGGCACGUUGUUGUCAGUCUCUUGUGAUGGGUGCCUACACCCACUACAUGGAUCCAACAAAUUCGUACGUGCUACAAACUUCACGAAAAGGCUGGAUAUUACUCCGCAAGUUAUGGAAGGCAGAUUGGGACAGUUUAUACAGCAGAUGGAAAGACAUCAUUCGCUCCAAAAAUAAAAAAUAAUCUUGAAACUUUUUAUGCUUGUUUUGGGCAAGCCAUAACGCAAGGUCGAUGUUUGGAUCAAUCAACGAGUCAGUAAGAAUGUCAUAAUUCUUGCUAGGCCUUAACUAGGUCUCUUUUUUUUUCUCAAACAAAUGAAUUUGAUGUUCUUUUCUUUUGCUUAAACUUGAGUCUAGUAAGACUUACGACAGCCUUGUAGACUAUUUCGACAACUCGUUGACCCAUUACAUUAGGGAAGCCUCGUAAAUCAAUUUUGGAA